AUGUCCAGCACCCCAACUGUCCUCUCCUCCGACCCAUCUCAAGCCCUAGGUCCCUCUCUCUUCCUUCAAGUGCUAUCCCAUCUCCCUCUUGGAUCUCUCACGAGCUGUCUGAGAGUAAGCAAAUCAUGGGCCGUCCUUAUCUCGUCAUCGCCUACUACUCUAUAUAAACCUCUAGCCGCUCAGGUGGGUAUUGAGCCUCCUAUACUUGAUGGACUGUACACCAAAGAUAAAGCUACCGCUCAAUCGUCCACUUGGUCAAAUCCUGAUUCUACCAGGUCAGACAGUGCAGGACACGAGGGAGGGGUGAACUGGAAAAUUGUAAUCAAAGAUUAUGUAGAUUUACAAGGUAAUUGGAAAAAGGGAAGAGCGAGAUCAAAGUGGAUAUGUCCAGGUAGGAAUACUGUAUGGAGGAUUAAAAUAGAUCAUGAAGAGGGUACGAUCAUAACGACCAGUAGGAUAGAUGGUAUUUUAGUUUCGGACCUGCAGACUUCAGCUUCAGAACCCCUGUUCGAGUACGAGGAGAUAGGUUCAUAUGCUCAUUUGGAGUUCGUCAAGGGCUAUGCAAUCUUCAAUUCCAAUGAUGAUCGAUCAUUCGAGAUUCACCUGACUCCCACUGCUUUAUCGAAACUCCCUCCCGAGCGUCGUAAGAACUUACCACUCAGUAAUCGCUCUAUCACACAUGAUAAAGGAUACUCAUUUACUUUGGAAGAGCAUUAUCAACCGUCUCCACCAUCUAGCGGGUCGGACGAAUUGGCAAUACCACCAAGAGGGCAUCUAACAUAUUAUAAAUCGCUUACACCGCGUACGGACUGUUUCGCAUUUCGAGCGAGGAUAGAUAAACAAUAUACACCCGAGGAGAGAUUGGUCUUCGGUACGAGCAGCGAUGAAGAGGCUUAUAUAUAUGACUUACAAUCUGAAAGUAAUUCUGAGAUGGAGAGGUUUGUAUAUGAUCAGGAAGAUAGGGGUAGACCUAAUUAUAUCGAAUUUGACGAUUCAUACUUAUUCAUCUGUCAUUCCACCUCUGUCAACGUCUAUUCACGAACCACCAAGAAGAAAUUGACCACUUUCCCACCACCCGUUACUGCUCCUUUCGACGCUGCUUCAGCUAUAUAUACAUGCUAUGACCCGUCCCGAUCGACUAAAAAGGUGAAACCAAAUCAAGAAGGUGAGGUGUUGGUGGGAGAGGUGAAUGUACAGGGUAAAUGGAUAGAUGAUAAUGGGUUUGAUGGAGUUAUGAUGGCUUCAGGACAAGGGAGGAUCGCAGGAAGGGAAUUUGCUGCUGUCCACUAUACCUCUAAAGACCUGUUUGCUAUCACUAAAUCAGGGACAAUCUACGCUCUACGGAAUUAUAAAGAUAUUUUGGCUAUACCUAAUCCAGAAACUAGGGAUCGAGCGGUAAAUGCGAAUCUUCUGGCAAUAGUAAUAAGAGAAAGUUUGAGACAGCUGUCUACUUAUGGUGAACAUGUGGUGAUUACUAGUGCAACAAGCGUCUUUCUCCUUCACACAUCUUCUCUCCCUCCUGGACCAUACAAUACCGGCUCCUCCGACCUGCUCAGACCGACUAUCAAAUUGCUGAAUUUGAUGAAUGUCCAUCAUAAAGGUAUGGGACAGUGUUCGUGCCUGCAGAUGGACCGAGAAAAAAUAUAUGCGGUUUAUUGGGCUUUGGGAGAAAGCGAGGCGGGAGGAACGGUAAAUUACGAAGGGGAAAGGAUCUUGCCACCUCAGGAGGCUAUAGGGGAUUUCGGAUUGUGUGUAAAAGUAUGGGAUUUCGGAUUGGAUUUGUCAUCGUGA